AGUACUUCGAUUAAAGAAAAAUAGAAAAGACUAAAUUUCUUUUUUACUGCAGAUAAGAUGUCUAAUUCAGAAACGCUCCACGUUGCUGAUUGGUUGAAGCAAGAUUCGGAUGAAGAGGAAAUGACGAACAAUGAGCCUACCACAUGUCUAUUUUGCACGGAAACUUUUCCUUGCAUUGAAAAAGCCUUAGAACAUUUGAAAAAACAUCAUAAAGUGGACUUCUACUGUCUCAAAAAAAAAUUUCGUAUGGACCAGUAUUCUUUCAUUAAAUUAAUUAAUUUUAUACGCCGUGAAAAUAUUGAACCAGAUAGACUACAUGAUGCGACCGAAUCGUUUUGGGACUUGGAGAUGUACUUGAAACCCAAAGAAUACGAGUCAUGGUUAACGUAUGAUUACGAGAAUAUGGAACCAGAAGGCCAUUUUAAGGAAAAUGAUGAAGAAGAACAGUUAUCACUUGAGGAAAUUAUUAAGAAGCAAAGGGAUCGAUUGGAGCAGGCGGCUGAACAUCUUACAGUUAUGAAUGCAACCGUCACCCGUCUUUUAGACAAAGAAGACAGGGAACCCCAAUCAGUCAAUGGUAUUUCACAUCGAUCUGACUCACAUUAUUUCGACAGUUAUUCUCAUUUUGGCAUACACUAUGAAAUGCUAGCGGAUACUAUACGCACUAAUAGUUAUAGAGAUGCGUUGCUAAAAAAUAAAUCUCUUAUUGAAGGUAAAAAUGUUCUGGAUGUUGGCUGUGGUACUGCUAUCUUAUCAAUAUUCGCGUCUCAGGCAGGAGCUAACAAAGUAGUCGGAAUCGAUAACUCUGAAAUUAUAUAUCACGCUAUAGGUAUUAUCAGAAAAAAUAACGUCGAUAAUGUUACAUUAAUUAAAGGGCGUUUGGAAGAUACAGUAUUGCCUCAGGAAAAAUAUGAUAUUAUUGUUUCUGAAUGGAUGGGUUAUUUUCUAUUAUUCGAGGGCAUGCUAGACACAAUAAUAUAUGCUAGAGAUAACCAUUUAGCUUCACAAGGAAAACUGCUGCCAAAUCGUUGUACCAUGAGCGUUGUUGGCUAUGGCGACGAUGAGUUAUUUAACCGCCACGUCUCCUUUUGGGAUAACGUUUUCGGCGUAGACAUGUCUGUUAUGCGUAAAGAAGUUAUGCAAGAACCUCUUAUCGAACUAGUUGACGCUGAAAAUAUUUUAACGGAACCCAAUUGCAUAGCAGAUUUUAAUCUUUUAACUGUGGGCUUAAAUUACCCAAAUUUUACCCACGUUUUUGAAUUAUUAUGUAUAAAAUGUGGUACCUUAUCUGCCUUAGUGGGUUAUUUUGACACUUAUUUCGAGUUACCCGAGCCCGUUAUAUUUACGACAUCACCGUAUGGAAAGCCUACACAUUGGAAACAGGUUGUUUUUUUCCUUGGAAAACCCGUUCGAGUAUCGUCUGGGGAAAUAAUUAAGGGCCGCAUCUUAUGUAAGCGCAGUGUAAAAAAUAGUCGUUCUUUAGAGAUUGUGAUAGAAAUAGCUGGACAAAAAUAUUUUUAUUAUUUAGAUUAAAAACAAAUUUUUUAUUCAAAAUAAUCAAACAAAUUUACUUAAAA